AUGGCGGAACCAAAUCUCGCCUCCAACAACCCGUUUCGCCGCAGACCUACCAUACCUCAGCCUCCCGUCGAGGCUGAUGCCGGCUCUACGCCCUCUCCCGUGCCCGCCGCCUCUCCUUCGCCCCAACCCUCCGGCGACGACUUCCGCAGAGCUCUGACAGCACUCCCCAAGUCUUCCGAAGCUCCCCCAUCCACGACCUUCCAGAAACCCAAGCCCGUCAAGAGGGUGCGCGUGCAGUCGCCGCCGCCUUCAAGCCCUGACUCGACAGAAGCCGAGUUUGAGGCCCGGUUCCCAGCCUCCGGCCAUGUUCAACCGCCGCGGCAUGACGAGAACGACAGCUCGAGCACCAGCAGCAGCGAGUCGGAAAGCGAGGCAGGGGAAGACCCAUUCCGAAGUACGAGGCCCGGUGUAGAGACCGAGAUCUCGGGGACGUCAUUUCCACCCUCCGCAACAAGGCAGCGGCCGCCACUAAAUCCGUUCGGCAGGACGCUGCAAGAUAUAGAGCAAGGAUCCGGGGAGGCGGCUUCGGAUGCGAUUAGGAGCCCAGGUGCUACGGCCGGGAAGGCGUCGCUAGACGUGGACUCUUUCCGGAGGCUGCUCAUGACAGGACAGUCGGGCGGUAUAACUGCUGCUCCGGCCGUCCUCGGCUCAGGGACACAUCAAACGCUACAGCCUCCGGGCCCUGCCGGAGAUGCCGGAAGCUUUACGGACGCUUCUUCCAUCUCUAAGCAGUCCAUUUUCGAGGCUAACCAAAAUCCCCAGGAGACUCCCAGAACUUCGCACGAGAUCUCUGAGGCGGAGGACGACCGACGAGGGCUCCUCCUCCAUACACCCUCCGCAUCCUCCGAACGAACUACACUUCGCAAAAAGCCUCCGCCGCCAAGCUCACGUCACGGCAAGUUGAUCAAGUCCCAACCCAAGCCUGAUGUCGCAGAGCCAAGUCGGGAGAGCACACCACGGCCGACAACAAAACAGCUAGAUGACCCAGCCUCAUCAAUUGUCCAGGCCAGGCGGACGUCAUCGUCUUCCGACUUGAACAAGCCGCUGCCACUCCCACCGCAGCGGCCCUCAGUCGAUGGAGAACGGGAGAGUGUCUUUGACAAGGAAGCUGCUGGCAAGGUGCCCGAGGUUGACGUCGAUCCCGAUGCCCCAGAGGAAGACAUUCCUUCACCACGACCCCCGACGCCGCCCAACGCCAGCCACUCUACUUCUGCCCCCGUCACAGCAACGCCCGCGAUGGCAAAACCGGCGCCACCACCGCGUAGGCAAGCUCACUACAAACCCGAUCCCAAAGCAUCUUCUACCACAUCUACGGCCCACGAGCAUCCUUCUACAUUCCCCGUCGACGACGAAGCUGCUCCGCCACGAUCCUCGAUGGACUCCACGCAUUCCAGGUCUUCUAGCUUCAAAGCUAACUUCAGUGCUCCUCCCCCGCCACCGUCCAGACGUUCAGGCCAUGCCUCAAAGCCAUCGACAUCCUUGGUCUCGCCAUCGGUCACAUCCUUCGCCUCAUCGAUCUCGAGCCCCGCCAUCUUGUCAGACUCGGAACGCGGACAACUAGGAUAUUCUCGAGCCCAGGGCCCGACAUUUGAAGCAAGCAGCCCACCUGCGGCGCAGACGGAUGGGUCGGCGCCAGACCCAAUCUCGCCGCCUCCUCAGGAGAAGCCAUCUCGUCCGCCUCCACCGCCUGCUCGCCACGUAUCUGUGCGUCACAAGGAGCAUCAUCGGCAGGCUGACCACUUUUCCGCCACCCCGGGUCGCCCGCCCAGCGUGGUCAGCGUCGAAGCCCCAACACCUCCCGCUUCCCGGGCCGGAGGUAUUCCACCGCCGCCACCACCCCGUCCAAGGCAACGGGGGACCAGUCGCGGGAGCACGGAAGUGCCCGAUGUCAUCGGAAGGAAGAGCAUUGACAGCGUCAGCAGUGCCAACCGGGUGCGGAUAGCUGAUGCUGAAGAAGGGAACGGAGAUGGCGGCGGCCAGCUCCAUCACAAGGGUGCCGUGACAGAGGAGCAAGCAUCGGUCGCCGGCGCGUCAGGCACAGGCCUCGAGGACAGGCGGGAUUCACACGCGAACGAUAUCCUGGCUGAUCUGGACAAGCUCAGGAGGGAGGUCGAUGCGCUCAGGGGCGCACUGUGA